UGUUCUCAUGUUUAGAUUUUAUAAUUCAACCUUGAAUUGGUGGCUUAGAUAUAUUUGCUAGAUCUGAUGGCUGUCUUUACUCCAAUCGCAUGAAAGUCGCACCGGAGCUUACAGCGGAAGGGGUUUAACUUAACUGCUGGUGAACCCAACCAAAUCCUCUUCCAUGCCCGCUAGCUAGCGCUCUCCUUCCCUCCAUGGCUUCCAUUGGAGCCCCUCUCUCUUCUAGUGAUGGCAUCGCCGACUCCAUCAAACAGGUUUCUCAUUCUGAUAGUUUGUGAACCUGGAAAUGGCCACUGUACCAACAAAGCUUUGCAGAUCUCUCUUUAAUCUUUACCCACGCUUUUGCCACCCUGCCAUAGUUCACUCAAUCUCUUCAUUUCACUCUGUUGAUGAAACUGUCAAAGCUGCUGUUGAAGCCAAAACGUAUACACAACUUCCUGACAUUCUCAUUGCUGUAGGAAAAACGGGGCGUGUUCCAAAUCCUUUCUCAUUUCUUUCCACCUUUUCUUUGAAGCUUAGAACCCAAAUCGUUGAUGAAAUUUUACAGUCUUUUAAAUGCAUUAGACCUCGGUCACGUUCCCACAUUGCCUAUGACCUUCUUCUUUUCUACACUCUUCAGAGUCCCCACCCUCUCCCUCUUUCUUUUGCCAUCCUCCAAUGCUGUCUUCGUUCUGGCUGCGUCCCUGCUCCCCAAGUGAAACUACUUCUUUCUUCUGCAUGGCUCAGCUGCCAUGGCCAGUCUCAGUCUGUUUCUGAUAGCCUUAUGGAGAUGCAAGAAAUUGGAUAUUGUCCUGAUUCUGUAACGUGCAAUUACAUUAUAUCAUCUCUUUGUGCUGUUGAUCUAUUAGAGGAGGCUGUUAAAGUCUUGAAGGGUAUGAGUGGAGCAGGCUGCCCUCCUGAUCUGGAGAGUUAUUCGGGUUUAAUAGCUGCAAUGUGCACAUUUAGAAGGACAGUUGAUGCAGUGGAGUUAGUGAAGCAAAUGGUGCAGAAAGCUAGAUUGACUCCAAGGCAGGGAACAGUGAUGAAGCUUGUGGCAACUUUGUUGGCAAAUAGAGAGAUCUGGAAAGCUGUUGAGAUGAUUGAAUUCUUGGAGAGGAAAGGUAACCCUGUUGGCUUUGAAAGCUAUGAGUUAGUGGUUGAAGGAUGCUUGGAAUGUUGUGAGUAUAUUUUGGCAGGAAAGGUAGUUAUAGCAAUGACCGAGAGGGGCUUUAUACCCUAUAUUAGGGUCAGGCAAAAGGUUGUUGAGGGUUUAGUUAAUGUCAAUGAAUUGAAACUUGCCCAUUCAGUAAGGGAAAGACUUGUAGAACUGGGAUCCUAGUUGCUUUAGCUUCGAUGGAGUGGUCUGUAUAAGUCAUCUUAUGAAGAAAAUCAGCAUAUGCCAGGAUAGUAAUAUGCAUUCAAAAAACUGAGGGAAGAAAAACCCUUGGAUAUUGUCCUAUGAUAAACAAACUGCGCUAUCUCAAAUAUCCAUUGGCAUGUUAUUUCAACUCAUAUAAUUUGGUUAAUCUGUAUUGAGCUUGGCUAUGGAUAUUCAACAACCAGAGUAGGUGAAGGGCUGUUAAAAUCCAACAAGGAAUCAAUCUAUUAAGCAAGGACUGGCUGGUUGGUCAUUCCCUUCAUCAAAAUAUGUCAAGGGCAAUGUGGACUUCACUUCUAUAGGCAAUGAAGGCAGAGUGUGUGCAGGAAUGGUGCUUAGAGAUCAUCCUGAAGGUUGCUCAAAAAUCUUGCUCAUCGAGUUGGUCUGUCUUUGUUGUUGACAGCAGAAGAGAGGCCAUGCUCUGCACAUUUUUCUUAUACUUGUUUUAUGAGUUGCUGCUUGAAUCAGAAUCUCUUGCUAUGUUUAACAAAGAUUGAGAUAGCACUACAAAUACAAUAUCCUUUUAUCUUCA